AAGUCUAACUGGCUGCUUGCCAACAACCACCAAACAGCUCCUCCUCAACGGCGCUCCAUCGACCUGAGCAUGUCAAGAGCAGACCCGGCCCACCACCACCGACCAAGCCCCGACGACGUCGCCACAUAAAACUAGAGACGAACAAGCGGGCACCUAGGCACCCAGGCACCCAGGCAUAGCCCCGCCAUCCUCUUCCCCGCAUCUCCGCCGUCGCCCCAGCCUCGGUCCCGGGAAGCGUCCGGAGCGGGCUCCUAGCUUUAACACGCCCCCCCUCCCACGCCCACGCCUUCACACCCACCCCACACCCCCCCUCGAAGCGUCAUGGCCUCGCCCAAGGUCAGCGAGGCCCUGGCCCAGAUCGCGGCGUCGGGCAGCAAGGGCGCCGACUACGAGGCCCUGCUCGCCGACUUCCCGUCGUACUCGUCGGCCCCGACGGCGGCGGCCGACCUCAAGGCCACCAUAGACGCCGUGUUCGCCGCGCCGCUCAACAUCGUCGGCACCCUCCCCGUGCUCAACGCCUUCGUGGCGGCGCUGCCGCGGGCGGCGCCCGGGGACCACGACGCCUGGGUCGACGUGGCGGCGCACGCGCUCGACCGCAUCGCCGCCAACCCGCAGACGGCGUCGAGCUUCCUCGAGCAGGCCAACGCGCUGCGCGAGCUGACGGCCACGGCGCACGAGCACAACGAGGACUGGGUCGGGGCGGCCCGGGCCCUGGCCGACAUACCGCUCGACAGCAGCCAGCGGCGCGUGGGCGAGGCCGAGAUGGUGCGCGUGUGGAUCCGCAUCGUGCGCAACUACCUCGAGGCCGACGACAGCACCUCGGCCGGCUCGUACCUCAACAAGAUCAAGAACGUCAUCUUCAAGGUGGACGACCCGGACCUGAACCUGCACUUCCGCCUCUCGCAGGCCCGCAUCAACGACUCGCGCCGCGAGUUCCUGGCCGCCUGCCACGCCUACCACGAGAUCAGCAUGAGCCACCAGAUCGGCGAGGACGAGCGCCUGCACACCCUCGGCAUGGCCGUCAAGUGCGCCAUCCUCGCCCCCGCGGGGCCCCUGCGCAGCCGAGCCCUCGGCCGCCUGCACCGCGACGAGCGCAGCCCCGGGCUCGACGAGUUCGGCAUGCUCGAGAAGAUGUUCCUGGACCGGCUGCUCGAGCCGGCCGAGGUGGACAAGUUCGCGCGCGGCCUGCAGCCGCACCAGCUAGCCACCACGGCCGACGGCUCCACGGUGCUGGUAAAGGCCGUCAUCGAGCACAACCUGCUCGGCGCCAGCCGCCUGUACGAUAACAUCGGCUUCGACGAGCUCGGCGACCUGCUCGGCCUCGACGCCGCAAAGGCCGAGGAGACGACGGCCCGCAUGAUCGAGCAGGGCCGCCUCGUCGGCCGCAUCGACCAGAUCGACCGCUUCAUCUGGUUCGAGGGCGGCGAGGCCUCGGGCGUCAAGGGCAGCGGCCGCGCCGAGGCCGCCGUGGCCAAGGAGAUGAGGCGCUGGGACUCCAACGUCCAGAGCCUGGCCGAGGAGGUCGAGCACGUCACCGGCCUCUUGCAAAAGGAGUUCCCUGACUUUGUUGCGGCAAACCUAGUCGUCUAAGACCUGAAACCAACAUGCUGGGGACUAGACGGCAGCGCUGGCGCAUGGUUCACUUGGGCUUUUGCAAAAAAAAGAAAAAAAGAGGGGGCGCUCUAUUCUGCGUAGAGUGGUAUAGAACAAAAGCAUGCAAGAUAGAUGGACUUGCAGGAACAAGGCCGAGUGCCCAAGUGGUGGUCCAUUGUAACAAAACCAAGAAUAGAUCCAAACGGCGUCGAUGUAGACGUGUGUAUCUGAGAGGUACCUCUCAAUAUAGCCAAAAUGGUAGGUACCUAGAUCGGUCGGGGAUAUCCUGAUGCUCAUUCCAGGUCCUUUUUCCUCACGACGACGUACCCCUGCCCCAGGCGCGUCGAGUCGCCCGACUCCUCGUCAAAGACCAGAUUGUCGUCCUUGAAAACCUUGCUGCGCGCCCGCCUCGACCGGGUGGUGGCUGCUGCUGCUGCCGCCGUCGGCGCCGCCGCCUGGUCCUGUGUCUUGGCCGGCUGCGGGCCACCACCUGGCGUCUCCCCGCGGAGGACCUCGAGGAACCGAGCGGCUAUCUUUUGGCCCAUCAGAUCGUAUCCGCUCGGGGUCAGAUGGACAUUGUCGUCCCAGUGCAGCCGUCGGUCGUUCUCGGACAUGGCCCAGAAUGGGACGGCCGCGUGGUGGUCAUGGACAUAUCUGGUGGUCCCAGGCGCCCAGAGGGGGGGUGGGUAUUUGUGAUCCGAAAGUUAGUCAUGUGUGCAGUGCGAAUGCCAGGCUCGAUCCAAAUAUGCGUCAAGUCACAAGAGGCAGGCUGCGUGGGG